AUGGAUUCUAAUAUUAAAGAUUCUGUAAAUGAAACUGAGCUAGUUGAAAACGUAGUUGAGGAUACAGUAGUUGAAGCAGAAGAGCCUCAUUUUACACUUACGAUUAAUGUAUCUCAAUUACCUGGAAAAACUCAAGUUCUUGCGAAUGCAAGUGAGCUUGUACAAGAAGUUAAACAUUGGCUCACCGAUUCACCAGAAACAUGUAUAUAUACCUGUUUCUCACUCUGUUAUAAAGGCAAACGCCUUGACGAUUACAAAGAAUUACAAGAAGAAGAAAUUACUCAAGAUUGUGAAUUAGAUCUUAUUGAAGAACCCUAUACGGAGCGUGAAGCUCGUAUUCAUGUUAUACACGUUAGAGAAUUACUAUCCGGCCCAUUUAAACAAAAUACUUCGUCUGUUGGAAUAGAUCCUGGAUUAUCGUUUUUCACGGCUGUUUCUGGUAUCAAUGAAAAGGCCACGAAUGAACAACCUGGAAAAGCUAAAGAAAAUUCCGAAGUCCAAAAAACGCCUUUCAUGGAUUAUGAUUUCUCGGCACCUUCAUUGGCAAAGUUUGUUCCUAAUAAUUUUGGUAGAUGUUUGAUCAAAUGUUUAGAUUCAUUAUACCUAUCCGGUUGGAAUCCUGUGCCAUUUGAGCGUCGGCGUAGAGGUGACCUUCUGUACUUAACUGUCACAACCAUAGAGGGUGAAAUCUUGCAUAUCACAUCAGCAAUUAAUGGAUUUUUUGUUAACAAAUCGACUAUGAAGAAUUUUGAUCCAAAUCCACGCUCAGAUCUUAAAGUCUAUCAUACUCAUUCACUUGUUUCCCUUCUUCAAGCAAUAUCUCCAUCAUUUCGUGUCAAUUUUAAAUCUUUACAAGAUUUUAUUGCCUUGCAUCAUCCUUUUGAAACCAUUCCAUUUAAUACAUGUUUUCCGGCUUAUCCUUGGGUUGUAAGACAAUCUAAACAUACUCAUGAUAUGGGUCGUGCAACCGAAGUAUAUUUAAAUUUAGGUACUGAUGCUGUCGAUUCUCUCCGUGACUGGAACGACGAAUUUCAAUCUCAGCGUGAAUAUCCUCGAGUUGAAUUAAAAGAUCGUGUUUUACGCGAAAGACUCGUUAAUAAAAUUCAUGCCGACUUUACUGAAAACGCAGUUAAAGGAGCAAUUGCUGUUAUAAACGGCAAUGUAAUUCCUUUUAACCCUCGUGACCCUGAAGAGGAGCAUAUGUAUGUUUACAAUAAUAUUUUUUUUAGUAAGGCUUUUGAUACAAGAGGUACAUUUGCAAAACUUGGCGGAAAUGAUGCAGCACACGUAGCAACCGGUAAAGAUAUGGAGGGUAUACGGACUGUAAAUACAACAGAUAUUGAGGGACUAUAUACACUUGGUUGCGUUGUAGUAGACUAUAAGGGAAUCAGAAUUGUCGCACAAACAAUUGUUCCAGGAAUUUUCCGACGGCAAGAUGAUUCAUCAAUUGUCUAUGGAUACUUUGACAAUGGACGAGACGAACCUAAGUUAUGUUCUGAUCCAGAGUUUCAUGAAAUAGUUGGAAAAGCUGCAAAAGCUUUACAUCUUGCCGAGCAUAGUGUUUCUGAUCCAAAAGGGAACACGGUCAAACUUUAUACUUCUCUUGAAACUAAGGGCUUAAUGGGAGACGAUGGCCGUAGAUAUUUGUUUGAUUUAUAUCGUCUUAACCCAAUCGAUAUUGAAUUUUUGGAAAAGGAAUGUGAAGAUAAAGAUAAAGAAGAUACUAAAGGAAGUAAUCUUCCUCGUUAUCCUCAUAAGUUGACACUUCUUAGACCGGAAUUGGUGGAAUCCUUUUGGGAUCAUAAAUUGAGACUAUGGCUUCAAGAAAAAUCAUCAGCUAAGCAAAAGAUCAUAGAAUUUACCACGUUAGCUGUAACUCCUGUCGACGGUUCUUCACUUACAACAACAAUGCAUCGACGUGGUAUAAAUAUGCGUUAUUUAGGUAUGAUCGCAAAUAUUAUAGAUGAAUCACAAGAUAAAAAGUUAGACCAUGUAAAAAUGAUUAUAAGAGCUUCAAAACGUAUUUUACGUGGCCUUCUUCGUGAAUUACCAUUAACAUAUGUCCCAUAUUGUAUUUCUCAUUUUUUGAAUUGUUUGCUUGGUGCCGAUUAUAAUCCUAAUCCUCAAUCGAUGGUAUCUGAUACUACUAUUGGUAUCGAUAAUCCUACUUAUGCUUAUAUAAAUCUCACCCCUUCCUCGCUUUUACAACAAAUUCGCGACACAAUACUUAUUCGAUUUCGUUAUAAUCUACCUGAUAAUUUCAUUAACGUGAAUGUACGUAAAUUACCGCUUUUAAGAGAGAUAUGUUUACGAGUAGGCAUACAAAUUGCUUCUCAAGGAUAUAAUUUUGUAAAAAAGAAAUCCAAGAAAAGGCUUACGACUUUCUUGCCAGAUGAUGUCUUGAAUUUAAUACCCACAGUAAAACAAGCAAAUCCAAGGUGUGUAUUUGCUGAAGAAACUUUUGAAGCCGGAAAACUAAGCAUUGCAAGAGGUCAUCGAGAACUUGGUGUUGAUCUGAUGUUGCAAUCAUUAGCAUUACAUGAACAGAGUUAUGGAUUUCUUCAUCCGGCAACAGCAAAAUGUUAUGCUGCAUUAGCUUUAUAUUUUUAUCACCAUGAUGAUACAGAAAUUGCCAUAGACUUUCAAAAAAAAGCGGUUGUUGUCUUGGAAAGGACUUGUGGUAUUGACAGUGUUGAUGCAGUUCAUAGCUAUCUUCAUCUUGGUCUGUUCGAAAAUGCUGUUGGUAAUACAGAAUUAGGUCUUCGUUUUAUGAGACAUGCAAUGUAUUAUUGGGAAAUCAUUUAUGGCCCAUUACAUCCAGACGGAGCAACAGCUGAUCAAAAUGUUGGAAUUAUGUUGCAAAAUAUGAGGGAUUUUACGGGCAGCGUUAAAUUUUUCGAACGUGCUAAAGGCACAAAUGAGAUUAUCUUUGGAAAAAACAAUGUAGUUACAGGAGAAUCGUAA